AUGCUGCUGGACCGACUUCGCGUGCGGCUGAACGCCGUGGUCUGUGGGCUCCUGCUUUUCCUCGUCCUGGGCCAGGGCCAGGACUCUGCCAGCCCCAUCCGGACCACACACACCGGGCAGGUGCAGGGGAGCCUCGUCCAUUUAAAAGAUACUGAUGUGGGAGUCCACACCUUCCUGGGAAUUCCCUUUGCCAAGCCGCCUCUAGGGUCCCUGCGAUUUGCACCCCCCGAGCCUCCUGAACCUUGGAGUGGUGUAAAGGAUGGAACCUCCCACCCAGCCAUGUGUCUGCAGAACAUCACUACCAUGAAUGCAGUGGCUUUGAAACUGUUGAAUAUGACCCUGCCUUUCACCUCCAUGUCCGAAGACUGCCUUUACCUUAACAUUUAUACACCUGCCCACACCCAUGAAGCUUCCAGUCUGCCGGUGUUGGUGUGGAUCCACGGUGGCGGGCUUGUGAUGGGCAUGGCUUCCGUAUAUGAUGGCUCUGUGCUGGCGGCCUUUGAGAAUGUGGUGGUAGUCACUAUCCAGUACCGCCUGGGUCUGCUGGGCUUCUUCAGCACUGGAGACAAGCACGCACCUGGAAAUUGGGGCUACCUGGAUCAAGUGGCCGCGCUACGCUGGGUCCAGCAAAAUAUUGCCUAUUUUGGAGGAGACCCUGGCCGUGUCACCAUUUUUGGUGAGUCCGCGGGUGGCACAAGCGUGUCCUCCCAUAUCGUGUCCCCCAUGUCCCAAGGACUCUUCCAUCGUGCCAUCAUGGAGAGCGGUGUGGCCCUGUUGCCUGGUCUCAUUGUCAGCUCAUCCAAUGAGGUCUCCAUGAUGGUGGCCAACCUGUCUGCCUGUGGCCAGGUUGACUCAGAGGCCCUUGUGGGCUGCCUGCGGGGCAAAACUGAAGAGGAGAUUCUGGCCAUCAGCCAGCCCUUCAUGGUCAUCCCUGGCGUAGUGGAUGGGACCUUCCUGCCCAGGCACCCCCAGGAGCUUCUGGCCUCCGCUGACUUUCAACCUGUCCCCAGCAUCAUUGGUGUCAACAACGAUGAGUACGGCUGGUUCAUCCCCUCGACCAUGAACAUCUUUGACACCCAGAAGGAAUUGGACAGAGAGACGGUGAAGGCUAUCCUGCAGCAAGUGUCGACAAUGUUGACGUUGCCUCCUGAGUCUGUUGACCUGUUGAUGGAGGAGUACAUGGGGGACAGUGGGGACCCACAGACCCUCCAAGCCCUGUUCUCUGAGAUGAUGGGGGACUGCAUCUUCGUGAUCCCUACACUCCAAGUAGCCAAUUUUCAGCGCUUACACGCCCCGGUCUACUUCUACGAGUUCCAGCAUCGGCCCAGCUUCCUCAAGGACAGCAAGCCGCCCCAUGUGAGGGCAGACCAUGGUGACGAGUUACUCUUUGUUUUCGGAACCCUCUCUUGGAGAGGCUACGUUGAAGUCACGGAGGAAGAAAAGCUGUUGAGCAGGAAGAUGAUGAAAUACUGGGCUAACUUUGCUCGAAAUGGGGACCCCAACGGCGAGGGUCUGCCCCACUGGCCCGUGUUCGACCAGGAAGAGCAGUACCUGCAGCUGAACACGCAGCCUGCGGUGGGCCGGGCCCUGAAGGCCCAGAGGCUUCAGUUCUGGACGAAGACCCUACCCCAGAAGACACGGGAGCUAAUGGAGGCGGAGGGGAAGCACACAGAGCUGUAGCUUCCUGUGUCUGGGGCUGAAGGGCCGGGGAGGGGGGGCUCGAGUGCAGGUGGGGGUCUGCCGGAUAUACCCACACACACGCACUAAGGAGCCAGGAGCUUUGCCUUCCUUCACUUAGCCAUUCAUUCGUUCUGCCAGCCAGCCAGCAUUUAUUAAGAACCUACUGCAUCUUGUUAGUUGCCAAGCCCCCACAGGGCCUCUCAUGUUAGACACACUCAGUGAAUCCCCCCAUUGGCAAACCCCGAUGGAAAUUCACACCGCACUGAGCCUCAGGCCCCACCCCCACCCUCCCUCUCCUCUCCUUUUGAAGGCCGGUGAUUUGGGAAAUGUUACCCACACCUGGCUCUCAGCAAGCGCCAUGUGCUCUCGUAUUUGUACGGAGCCAGUAGAAAAUCUGGAUGACAGGAACCCAGGAGCUCUGAGAUCUUGGCCACCGAGGCCACCAACUACUGAGGAUGUAGAAGUCCCUGUCCCCACCCGUUGUCCCCUAGACUAAAUGUCAUCUACCACUGACAUUUAAACACCCACCCAGUCACUUACCUGUGUCACACAAGGUGACCGACUCCAUUUUUUUGUAAGAAGACUGAGCUUGUCCAUGGGCCCUGGAGCCUGGGCGAGCUGUUCAGUGGCCAGGAGAGCCAGAUGGGUCCCUCAGCCACCCACCUCCUGAAGUCUGCCUUUAUUUUCAGUGGUUCUGUGACACGGCUGGGGGUGGGGGAGGGCAAACGUUACACAACUGCCGCACAUCAAUACAGAUGUUUAUCUGUGAGAUGUUCCCUGGAAGUAGGAUUGGGAGACCAGAAAGUCCAGAAGAGACUCUUGUCUCCUUGCUUCCAAAGGUCUCUCCAUCCAAGGAGGUCUCCUCUCGCCUUUUCCCAACUCACCGUGGGCAUCCACAUGAUCAGUUUCCCUGCUUACCCCAUUGCCUCCCCUAAACUUUUCCCUCCCUCACCUUAUCCGACCCCACCCCCGCCCGCAAAGGAAACCCUCUCGUACACAGGAUUUGAUCUCAGCCUGCAGAGAUACCAAAUUGUGUUCACUGGGCCUCUUUGCUCUACCAAAGCACUUUUUCUCUCAGAGGCUGUAUCCUUCUUCUCAUAGACCUAAGAGUCCUGCUAUGGCCCUGCCUCUGCCAACUUGCCCUCUCCAGGCACUAGACUCUCCAGGAGGAAAGCCCCCUUCCUUCCCUCCACUGCCUGUAAGCCCAACCACAGAGCCUCUGGAGGUGGGGUCUGAAGGAUGGACACUGGCCACCAGAUGGCAGACAAGGGUAACCUUAAGCCUGGGCCCUCUUGAACUAGAGAGAGGGGAGGGGCUUUCCUUUUAAGGGGCACUGGAGCAUAAUGCUUCUCCUGCAUCCUGAAAGCAUUUAUUGAGCACCCACUGCAUGCAUGUCUCUGUAUGUUUUUCAGUCCUGCAGAUGCACAAUAUACUUUCCAAAAGUGGGUUCCCAGUAUUAGUUUUUUAGUCAUCUUAUUUUUUAAACAGUUUUGUUGUGGAAUAAUUUACAUACAAUUGAAUUCCUUUAGAUGUACGGUUUCACAAAGUUGGCUAAAUAUAUAAGACAGACAUGACCUGAGGCGAAGGCAGACGCUCAACCGACUGAGUCAUCCAGGUGCCCCUCAAGUUUUAGAAUGUUUCUAAACUCCAAAGAGUUCCUUUGUGCCCCUUUGCAGUCAGGCAGUGCCCUGACCCUGGUCCCACACAGCCACCAAACUGCCUUCUAUUGCUAUAGUUUGCCUUUUCUAGAAUGUCAUAGAAAUGGAAUCAUUUAUUACUGGUUUCUGUCAUUUAACAUAAUGUUUCUGAGAUUCAACCAGAAUCUUUUUUGCUGCAAAGUAGUAUGCCACACAUGGUAUGCUACAUUUUUUUCCCGUUCACCAAUUAAUGGACAUUUGCGUGAUUUCUAUUUUCUGGCUUUAUUAAAGUUGCUGUGAACGUUUUCAGACAGGU